AUCAGUGCCCUAGUCCAAUGUAAAUGCAAAUAGCAUACAUAUUUUCUGAUAUGAUAUAACACCAGGCCUGGAUCUAUUAUCUUGAUUUGGAUAACUUUCUGAUAACACCUAGACUGGUACGUAGUUAGGGAAAAAGUGAUUUGGCUGACAAUUUCUUCAUCAUGUGGGGAGUGGCUCUCUAUGGGUUUUUCUUCAUGCUGUGUUGUGGGACGAUUGAAUGCUGCUGGCGUGGAGCAAGCUAUUAUCAUCAAAUUGAAUAUCAUCAACAUGAGCAUUCUCACCAACCUGAACAACCUCAAAAACCUCUUGAACCUCCUAAACCUAAUUAUCAGCAUGAAUAUAAACCUAAUUUAGAUGCUCUUGCCGAUGCUUUUGAGGACCAUUUGUUUGGCCAGCCCUUGGCAUACAUGACCGUCCUUGGUGCUAUAGAUGGUCAUGUGACCAAUCCUAAUCCACCAAAGCCAUUGGUUCUAUCCCUGCACGGACCAGCUGGAACCGGUAAGAACCACAUCAGUCGUCUCGUGGUUAAAAAUCUUUACACAAACGGAAUGGAAAGCGGAUGUGUAACUGUCAAGAUGUCUACAAUAGACUAUCCUCAUCAUGACAACAUUUCUGACUACAAGGAGGAGCUGGUUGGAUUCAUCAAAUCCAAGGUUUCUGAAUGUUCUAAUCAUCUCUUCAUAUUUGAUGAGGUAGAGAACACGCCCCCUGGCUUACUAGACAGUAUGAGGAGCUUCUUACAUCACCAUACUAAAGUAGAUGGGGUCGAUUAUAGGAAAGUCAUCGUUAUAUUCAGAAGUAACCUAGCUGCACAAGCCAUCAAAAAGCAUAUGUUGGAAUCGUAUGAGAAUGGAAUAGCGAGAAAAGACAUAAAAUCGGUUGAUAUGGAGCGACUCAUCUCGAACGAAGUCAGUGGUAACUCUGAUGAUGGUUUUAAAAAGGCCCGAAUCAUCAAUUCACAUCUCGUCAGUCAUUUUAUACCCUUCUUCCCACUGGAAGCAUCUCACGUAAGGCAGUGCAUCCAAGCUGAGUUCAAGGACCGUGGUUACGAGUCCAAUUCGCUUUCAGAAGAUGAGGUACUUGCUGAGCUGCAGUUCGACGGGGUGUUUUCUGUGAAGGGUUGCAAGAAUGUUGCGGAGAAAGUCAGUAUAAUUCUCUUUAAAAUAAAGUCCGAAAAUCGCAGGAGGAAUAUCGCGAUUGAGAGGCGUAUCGGCUUAUAAGAGCAGAUAUUGGUUAAGUAGAUUUAAAAGUGUAUAAUUUCCUCCAGUGGUAACUUUAUUUUGUAGGUGGGCAUGGGAGCCUCUUUCUCGUACAGUCAGAUAUGUUAUAUACUUUGAGCACCUGUAUACAAAUAUGUAAUUUGUUUAUUUAACAAAAACGAAAAUCAGCCUGACAUGCUAUGGCAUUUAAUUUUAUACUGGCAGUUUGAUGUUGGUGUCAAACGAUCGUCACAAACUCGAAAAGAUUUUUCCUUGAUUGAUUUUGUAUCUGAGUGUUGUAGUAUUUCCCUUUUGCAGCCAACAUUUAAUUCUGUAGAUCUUUUCAGAAAUUAUGAAUAUGUCACGUAGAAUCUGUAAAUUUUAAACGUUAGCAGUGUUCUAGUAUUCAAAUUAUGUAAGGAAACCCGUUAACAUUCUAGACUUCACUGACAGACACUAUUUAGUGACUGACUAACUUUUUCUUUGGUAAUAACAUACACAAAAUGAGCUGUUAAAGGGUACAUGAGCAUUUGUCUACACCCAUUACCGACUUCUUGUACUGGCCAAAAUUAAUCUGACCGAAUUUUGGGGCAGCACAAAACGUACGACCAUUCGGUACAAGGGUCUGAAAAUUAGACUAUUUAAUAAAAGGACUGCAAUCCGUGCAUUUGAUCGACAACUGACGGUCGUUAUUUUCUCACAAAGAGACAUUUCAAGCCCUUUCGUUUUGAGGGAAGUUCUAAUUCAGUAUUAUCUUUCAAAUGCCGUUGGAAGUUAACCUUUUAAUUUUUUUGGCCUGCAAAUGGUACCUUUAAGGGUUAGUUCACUUAUAUAGCCUUGGUCUGGGAAAAGGUCAUUAGAAUACAAAACCAACAUGUAUGCCAAGAAAUAUUUGUCCAUGGCCUCUUGACUCAGAUAUAUAUCCAGCCUCACGAUCACCUGCAUCAUUGAUAUCAAUAGUGAUUUCUUUCAGUAGAUUCACUGGCGGUGUUUGUAAGGGGGACAGGGGGAAUGUUCCU